AGCAAGGCCGCAAAAGUCGGAACCCACAUCGCUCGUACAGUUGACUGUGACACGAGAAACUAUAAGGUUGUAAUAAGCAGCCGGAAAACGCGCGCCCACAACGCGAUACGACAAUUACACAAUAUUGUGCUACUUAUGGAAUUUUUAUUUGCAUUCGAUAAUUUAGCAAGUACAUAACCCAGUUACGAUGCGCGCCGGUCUCAGUGUUUUCCUGCCGUUUCACCUAAUUCUGCUGUUGUUGCUCAGCACCGCGGACGCAGCGCGUAGCAUGAAUCGGCAGCAGUUGAAGACAAUCGAACGGUAUAUGGAUCCGAGCGCGGAUCCCUGUGAUGACUACUACCAGUACGCGUGUGGCAAUUGGCAGCAUGUGCACGCCGACGCUGAAUAUUACGAAACAAUCGGUCUCAUCGACUAUAAAGUGGAUCAGGAGUAUGCGCUAUUGCUGAAUAGUAUACGCCGGCGUCGGCGUUUGCGGCAGGAACACGCUUUCGUGCGCAAGCUGCUCGACUACUACAAGUCCUGUCUGACAGUGUACGCUUACACGCCGCAGCAGUACCUGGACUGGUUGCAGGAGCAUGAGAAUUUGGUAUGGCCAACAGUUUUGCCGAGUCGCUCCGCGAAGCGACGUAGCAAAUCAGUGCGCUACGAUUGGCUGUAUAUGCUGGCCGUGCUGCGCAAAUAUGGACUGAAUUCCGUGUUUAUUGAGGAGACUGUUAUACAGCGACGUGAUUAUGCACGCGCCUCUGCCAUUGAUUUGGACAAACCAGUGCUAAAUGGUGGCUUUCAACCAAUGCCACAUAAAGGCUUUCUACUGAUCAUGGAAUAUUUGGGCGUGACGAAUGAGGAACGCAAAAGCAGACUGUGGGAUGAAUUGCAUGAGUUCGAGACGAAGCUAAAAAGUUUGGAUUUUGUGGAGGACACAACCGAAGAGGGUGAGGAUAGCGCAGCAGCGCAGCGCGAAACAACCUUGGCAGAGCUCAAUAUGCCAUUCCUCACGCGCUAUUUGGAUAUCUUACUGGGGAAGCCGGUGGACCCUUACAUGAAACUGACCAUACAGAAUCUGCCAUAUAUGCGACUGUUGCUCACCGUGUUGGACGAGCAUGAACCGGAAUUCAUCUGUCGCUAUUUAAUGUUGCGCUUUCUUUGGUACCUGAAUAUCGAUGGACCGCGUAACUUUCUGAAAGGCGAUUGUGUCUCACACACACGCAGUAUGAUGCCGCUGGCUAUGACUUGGCUGUAUGAACGCCACAAUCCUGAACUCAUCGACGAAAAGGCACACAUUGAAGCGCUUUUUCGAAAAUUAUUGCAGCAUUUCACACAGACACUACACAACAACGCUAAUCAAUUCGAUGGGCACAUCAUACGCUUCUUGCAAGACAAACUCGAUACCAUGCGCAUUAAGGUCGGUAAUCUGCCACGUCCGGCCACUAGUCGCCUAGUCGAGGAAUUCUACGCGGAUUUGCAGAUUGAGGCAAAUGACUUCUAUGGCAAUCACUUGCGCUUACUGCAACAUUUCACAAGCGCCAAGCACAAGCGCCUGAAUGAGCUACUAGCACAGGAUGACUCAUUCUUCCACCUCGAGGAUCCCGAAACAGGCGCUAGCUCCUCACCAUACUAUCUGCUACGUUCAAAUGUGGUUAUCGUGCCGCUCACCCUGCUGCAUACGCCCAUCUAUCAUCCACAAAUGCACGAGGUCUUCAAGUACAGUUCGUUGGGUUUCCUUUUGUCGCACGAGAUCACACACGGCUUCGAUGACAGCGGCGUUGAGUUCGACAAGCGCGGCAAUAUGCGUGGCCCUUCCGAACGCAUCAAAUCGAAUCAAAUAUUCGAUUCGAAUUUGAGCUGUUUGCGUUUACGCAAUCCACAAAUUGUCGACGAAAAAAUCGCCGAUGUCAGCGGUCUACGUUGGGCGUAUGAGGCGUAUUUUCAGAGCAAUGGGAGCAAUGCUAACGCUAUUGCGCGUCCACUGCAUUUCACCAGCCUCUCGCCGGAGCAUGUAUUCUUUCUCAAUUUCGCACAGUUCUUCUGCGGCUCGCCCAUUACCAGCACACGGGACUUGGAAUUCAGUGAGCAUGGCUCGGAUAAGGAGCGUGUCUUGGACGCACUAGCGAAUUUCGCCGAGUUCGGGCGCGUUUACGAUUGCCAGGUAGGCAGCCGCAUGCAUCCACCACGUAAAUGCCAACUCUGGAGAUAGCAAAGGCAUUAAGAGACUAACUUCAAAAAGUACUACAAAAGUACUUAAGUGUGUGUGAAAACUUCAUUUUUGUAUAUACUAAAAGUUGUGUUAGUUACUAUUGAAAUUAGCAAACCUAAAAUUAAGGUGUAAAUAAAAAAUGUAUAUAAAAUACUAAUAUAUAAAUAUAUUUAAAAUUUAACUUAAGCAAUUAACUGAAACUGAACCCAACGUAAAUGUGUGCGCGUGUGUGUCCAUUGCAAAAUGAUAAUAUACAGCUGUAUACUUAUAUGUUUACAGAGUCAUACUAAUAUCAUAUGAAUAAGCAGUUACAACUCGCUAUAAAUAAAACAAAAGCUCUGCUUUAUCAAAUAAUAUAA